AUGGAGGUAGAAAAUGAAGCCAGCUGCUCUCCGGUCAGUGCAUCAGGAGGGUCCAGAGAGUACAAGGUGGUAAUGCUGGGAGCAGGGGGAGUUGGUAAAAGCGUAUUAACCGUAGAAUUCAGUUUCCAUAGCUUUCCAGAUCCACAUGAUCCAGGAACAGUGGAAGAUGCUUAUAAAACUCAAGUUAGGAUUGACAAUGAGCCAGCUUAUUUGGACAUCUUGGACACUGCUGGCCAGGCAGAAUUCACAGCCAUGCGGGAGCAGUACAUGCGAGGUGGCGAGGGCUUCAUCAUCUGUUAGUCCGUCACUGACCGCCAAUCAUUUCAGGAGGCUGCCAAGUUUAAAAAGCUCAUUUUUCAGGCCCGCCACACCUACGAAAUUCCCCUGGUGUUGGUGGGUAACAAAAUUGACCUGGAACAGUUUUGCCAGGUCUCUACAGAAGAAGGUUUGAGUCUGGCCCAAGAAUAUAACUGUGGAUUUUUCGAGACCUCAGCAGCCCUCAGAUUCUGUAUCGAUGAUGCCUUUCAUGGUGUACUGAGGGAAAUCCGUAAGAAGGAGUCCAUGCCAUCCUUGAUGGAAAAGAAACUGAAGAGAAAAGACAGCCUGUGGAAGAAGCCAAAAGGCUCGUUGAAGAAGAAGAGAGAAAAUACAACAUGAUACCCCUGCUCUUGAGUCUCUCUCAUUCUCUCUCUCUGAAUUUUAUUAGUUGGACAGUUCCAGACGUAGCAUUCUGCUUUAAUAUUUUCUCUCUCCCUCUCCAAUCUGUCUAUAGGUAAAACCAAGAUCUAUAUAACUGUACCCCUUGAGAUAGUUUUGUUUUGCCGCUACCAGUUGGAUGGAUUUUGUCUAUCAGGCGGAUAUGCUGUUCAGUUUUUACAAUAUAUUACUAAAUAAAAUUGACAUUCCAAUUGCCUCA